AUGAUGCAGAAUGCAGAAUUUGGGAUGCUGCAAACUAAUUAUGUUAAAAAUUUCUAUGAAGAGAUUGAAAACGAAGCAAUGAUCUGGUCCAGAAAUCUUGGGGCCAAAAACUACUCAUUUAGAGUAAUCAACAACAAUGGCAACAACAAUCAUUCAGAAUUCUUAUGUAAUCACUAUCUGUAUUGUUACUGUGAGAGAAACUUCCCUUGGGAUCACAAGUUAAAUACAGUCUUUGCUAAGAGUGGCUUAAAUGCCAACAAAUGGGCUUCUCAAACCAAAAGCAAUCAGCAGGGGCACCAACAACUGCAACAACAAUAA